UAUAAUAUUUCUUUUUACUUGUCAUAUCUUGCAAGAUGGCCAGAUCUUUUUUGUGUACAAGAAUCUCCAACUGGAAACAUGAUGGGAUAUAUAAUGGGUAAAGCAGAGGGACGUGGUAAAGAGUGGCAUGGUCACGUAACAGCUAUCACAGUUGCUACUGAAUAUCGACGUUUAGGUUUAGCUGAUGGUUUGAUGAAAUUAUUAGAAAAAGUUUCAGAUAAAAUAAUUACAAACGAAGCAGCUAUUGGAAUGUAUAGAAAAUUUGGAUAUAAAGUGCAUAGAAGAGUAGUUGGUUAUUAUUCAUCUAGUGAUAAUAAUGAAGAAGAUGCUUACGAUAUGAGGAAAUCUUUGUCAUUAGAUGUAAAUGGAGAAUGUGUUAAUGAAAAUGGAGAAAAUAUAUUGGUUAAACCUGAAGAUUUAUAA